AGAAUUCAUCGUAACUUGAGCCAAUUUGCAGCGGUUUUGUUUUAUUAUUUUAAUAAAACUAGGUUUGUCUGGAAAAACAAAUUACGGCGUCAACAGUUAAUUUUCCGUAUACUUUCACUCAUAACCAAUCACCGAGUGCAAAAAAAGCGGGAGGGCAAAUACUAUUUGGGAAUGCAAAUACUGCAACGCUUCAUAUCGUCGAGGGAACACGACUUUUCCACACCAGCUAAAACAACAACGACGACGGCAAGGUCUACGUUCUUUGCACCGUCCAUACGUGUACACGAACAACAAACUACGAAUCAUCACCUUUGAUUUGUUGCCUUUCUGUACUGCUGCGCCCGAAAAAUCCAAACUCACACACAGUCAUGGAAGACGGACUUACAAAUGAACAAACCGAAAAGGUUCUACAGUUCCAAGACAUAACAGGCAUUGAGGAUAUGAAUAUAUGUCGGGAUGUCUUAAUCAGACAUCAGUGGGAUCUAGAGGUUGCUUUUCAAGAACAAAUGAACAUACGUGAAGGUAUUCCAACAACAUAUGCUGCCUCGAGAGAUGUACGCGCACCUGCUGUCAUCGACGAUCGCUUUCUGCAACAAAUUUUUUCCGCAAAUAUGCCCGGUGGUCGAGCGGUGCGCGGAACUGGAGGUCCUAUCCCGCGGAGCUUUACAGGCUUCAUUGGCUACGUGAUUAAUGUGGUAUUUCAGUACUGCUACUCAACAUUCGCCAGUGUACUAAAUGCGCUACUGAAUCUGGGGCGAAACGACGAAAGAAUCGUCACCGAUCCGGUGGGUGAUGUCAUGAGCUUUAUACGCUCAUACAAUGAACGCUAUCCAGCACACCCGGUCUUCUACCAGGGCACCUACGCGCAAGCACUUAAUGAUGCCAAACAAGAGUUGCGUUUCUUGCUCAUCUACCUGCACAAGGAUCCCACAAACAAUCCAGAUGUGGAUUCAUUGUGCCGCACUACACUCUCAAACCAAUCAGUAAUUGAUUAUGUUAAUCGUAAUAUGCUUUUCUGGGGCUGUGACGUAUCCUCGCCAGAGGGUUAUAGGGUAUCGCACACAUUAAAUGUGCACGUCUAUCCGACGAUGAUGUUAAUAACUCUACGCAACAAUCGAAUGGUUGUUGUGGGUCGCUUCGAAGGUGAUUGCAUGCCUGAAGAGUUGAUACGCCGCAUGCAAACGGUGAUAUCGGCAAAUGAGAUAUGGCUGAGUCAAGCACGGGCUGAUCGUUUAGAACGAAAUCUUACACAAACUCUACGCCAGCAGCAAGACGAAGCAUAUCGGCUUAGUUUACGUGCCGACGAGGAGAAGGAGCGGCUUCGUCAGUUAGAGCGUGAUGCUGAACGACAAGCGCAGGAGGCUAUUGAACGCGAACGCGCUGAAGAGACACGCCGAAAACAAGAAAUUGCUCAACUAAAAAUUGAGUUGGCCAACAAGGUACCAAAUGAACCACCAGCCGGUACAGCGGAUACCAUCUGUGUCGUAUUCAAACUGCCNGAUAAAUACCGGUGUUAA